CAGAAGGAAGAGGGGGUGGCUGGUAGGCAGCGUGCCGCCAUAUUGGCUGUUGUCCUAUCUGGAGUUGUAGACUGGCAUUUUUUGGGGAAGGGGGGCUUCCUCUCAUAUUGGAUUAAAGUCGGAUUGAGGAGACUGUUUUGUGUUAACGGAGCCGUAGCUGAGUGUGUAAGGGGAAUGACUCGGAGGCGGAAUAAACAACAAGGUGGUGGGCGAAGGGAGCAGUGCGUUGUGCAGCCGAAUCUGGAGACGAGUACCAGCCCUACUGUCGGAGAUAGCAUCGCUGGUGCAGAGAGGCUGAUGGAACAGGGGAGUACCGAUGGCAGUGGUGAUCAAUGCUCACCUGCAGCUGGCCCACCUGUACAAACGUGUUGCUUGCUGUGCCAUCGAGAACGAAAGGACUGGGGUUUGCCAUCACCUAGGAAUGGAAUGGUUAGUCCUAGUGACAAGCUAGUUGAUUUUGUACCGCCAUUAGCUCAGAAUUUGUUGGGGGAGGUCCCUCUGUGGAUCUGUCAGAGCUGCAGGAAGAGUGUGGAGGAAGAGGAGAGACGGGCUGCACAAGAACAGCAGGCACUAGGGGUGUCAUUAUCUCAUACCUCAUGCAAGGGGCAGUCCUGUGAAGGUGGUUCACAUACAUCUUCGUCGUCGUCAUCUUCCUCAUCUUCGUGCCAUGGGGACUGGGACCCCAGCUCUUUCUUAUCCGCUCAUAAACUCUCUGGGCUUUGGAAUUCCCAGCACCUGCCGGGACAGCAGGGUGAAGCAUUCCAUUCUUCAGAGCAUCACCGGCAUUCAGACCUGACAGCACCGCCUAACAGCCCAACAGGUUUUUCAUCGCAGCAUUCUUCACUGGUUUCUUCCAAGCAGAUGUCACCUCAUCAGGAGCCACUUGAACCUUCCCAGCAUGUCCACUCUCUUCCAAGUCCAGGGGUUCCCAGUCAUAUCCCAUUCCCUCCACCACUGCCUAAUUCUCACACACCGGCAGCAAAGAUAACUGCCAGUCCUCCUGUGUCUGUGCACAAACCUGGAACUUGUAAAAACUCGCACUUACCUCCACCUACUUCACUUUCAAAGAUGCCGGUGCCUUCUUCUUGCUGCAGUCAUCCAUGUAACGGGCAUUGCAAUGGUUCUGUAACACCACAGAACACAGUACAGUCAGCGAAUGUGGCAAACAGCAGGGACCAAGUGUGCAAGGCACAUCGGUGCACAAAUGGUACAAGUUGUCAUCCGCCACAGUCCUGUGAUGCUGAUGAAGGUCUUGGUGAAGAUGAAGACAGCAGUUCAGAACGUAGUUCCUGUACAUCCUCCUCAACAAAUCAGAAAGAUGGGAAAUAUUGCGACUGUUGCUACUGUGAAUUUUUUGGACACAAUGCGCCUCCUGCAGCCCCAACAAGUCGUAAUUACACAGAGAUCCGUGAGAAACUACGGUCACGGCUAACGAAACGAAAGGAAGAGCUUCCAUCAAAAGAAGACCCCAGUGGUGCAGGAGAACCUGCUGUGGAUCCUCGCAAUGUAGAUGAACUUUUAGACUUUAUCAACAGUUCUGAACCUAAGCCAGUGAAUAGUGCAAAGGCUGCAAAACGGGCACGGCACAGACAGAAAAAGAAGGAAAAAGAAAAAAGUCAUGCAGAAAUGGAUGAUUCCAAAUGUGAUGAUAGUAGUAGUCUUUCGCUGAAACAUGGGGAGCCCCAGGCAGGAGGAAAACUUCUAGACUGGCCACAGCUUGAGUUAGAACGUGUGAAUAACUUUCUAACAAGUAGACUGGAGGAAAUCAAAAACACCAUUAAAGAUUCUAUUCGGGCAAGCUUCAGCAUGUAUGACCUCAAUCUAGAUGUAAAUGACUUCCCUAAGAAAGCAGCUACACUUGAACAGAAAAACUUACUCUCGCACCUAAAUGGCUCCUCAGACAUGCAGCCUAUUGACCUAGAUCUGUCACCGUUAACACUAGGCACAUUGAAAAAUCAUGCGGUGAACAGUGGUGGGCUGUCAGUCAAAUCAGCUGAUGUCAAGCACUCUGGACUUUUAACAGCAGUGGAAAAUAGUGAUAUCAAGAGACUAAACACUACCCCUAGCCUGUCUAGGUUAGUGUGUGUUGAGUCACCGGAACGAACGAGCUCUAGUGAUGAUAGUUCUGUACAGAGUCAGGGUGACAACUUGGUGAAAGAAGGGUUAGACCUGAAAGAGCAGGCAGCAGGAAUCAACAAACAGAAGAAAACAAAGAAGCAGAAUUCUCAGGGUAGGAAGAAUGAUGUUAACAGAGCAUCACUCAGCCAGCAAAAAGCAGAGGUCCAUGGAACAAAGCCUUCGGCGCUGGGAGCCAAAAUAGGACUUAAACAGACAGUAGCAAGCCAGUCAUCAGAAUCCCAAAAAGGAAGUACUGUUAAAAAAUGCGAGGAACCCAGGGGGGUCCGGCAGGCUUCAAAUGGAGCUCCUGGCAGUGCCAGGGCCGAGAAAAAGAACUUGCGAGAUGGUAUCAGGGCUGAUCUGGAGCAGGAAUCUGGCACCCUGUCUGCAACUGGAGAAAAAAAUGUUGCUAAUGUUGGAGCACCAGGCAGUUGUUCAUCCCCAAAGGGCAGGGGCAGAAAGGGUCGAGGCAAAGGUGACAAAUCCAGCACCACUCUUGAUGAUGUAUUUCUUCCAAAAGAUCUGGAUGCUGUAGAAAUGGAUGAAACUGAUCGCGAAGUUGAAUAUUUCAAGAAGUUUUGCCUUGAUUCUGCGAAGCAAACCCGGCAGAAGGUUGCAGUGAACUGGUCAAAUUUUAGCCUGAAGAAGGCAUCUUCAAACGCAGCCCAGUGAAUUGGAGGACAAAAGCAAGGGCAGCCUGAUUACCAUGACAUACCGGAUACUCAACCUUGCAUUGCUAUACUAUGCUCCAGACUCCCAUGUUUCGUUUUGUUUAUUUUUUUAUUUUUUUUUUUUUUUGCAGUCACCGUGUUCUCUAUUUGUGUCUGGUGUCCUAUACUGCCCCUUUUCCACUGUUAACUGUAUUUGUUGCUCAUUCUCUAAACAUUUUUGUUAACUAAUUAUUUUGAUGGCAUUGUUUGGAAUGCCAGUGUAUCAGUUAAAAUAAGUCACCAUGAUGCUGUGGCUGGCAGUAACAGCAGAGAGGAUUCAGAUCCCCCACUCAGAGAGAGUAAAUUAUUGAAAUGUGGCAUGUGCCCCAUCUCCAUUUUAGUGUGUACUAAUUUUGUAUGUUAGGCUGAUUGUACUGUCAGACAGUAACCACCAGCCUUGUUUAGGCAAUAUCCAUAAAUUAUUUUAUUUAAUUAAGCAUGCCCUUUCUUUGUGAAGUGGAAGCAGUCCUGUCCUUGCUGGCUGGAAUUGCCUCAAAAUGGAAGGAAGGGACCAGCGCCACAUUCAGGAAGGGAGGAAGUAAAUGUUAGGCAUUGUGCCCCCCUGCUACUGGCUCAAUGUAGCAGAUUUAAUUUUCUUCGUACUUCUGUAUUUUAUAUAUUUUUCACUAUCAGUGCUCAAUGUUACAGCUGAGCAGAUCAGUACCUUAUUCUGUGGGGCAUUUUAAAGGGUCAUUUCCAUGUUUUUAUGAUAAGCAGCACUUAAGCAGAACAGCCUGCAUAUUAAUUUUAUCUAUAUUUGUGUAGGACUUUAAUGAUGCAUUGUUUGUUUUAACGUAACUGUUGUAAAUAUUUUAAAAUAGUAUUUUAAUUGUUUUCUUUUUAACCCAUACAGUAGGUGGAGAUUGUAGAAGGCCUUUUUGAGCCUUUGUGGAGGUGAGGAGAGCAGCAAAGUUUAGGAAAUUACAUAAAGCUGGAAUUAACUAAAAGUCAUACAUUCCAAUAAACCCCUAAACUAA